AUGGCAGCUAAGUUGGCCAAGGGAAAAGCUGGCCAGAAAAAAGCAGGGGCCCCAGAAUUUGUUCAGACAGUGUCGUCUGAUGAUGCGACCAACAAAAGUUACUACACAGAUGUGCAAGCCGACUGCGAAGUCAUAUUAGCAGAGUAUGGCAAAGACUUUCAGCAGGCCAAGCCAUUGUCACUUGGCAAUGACGUAACCGGCCAAGACACAGGAGUGCAAGAUGCGUUCAGCAAGGCGAAAGCUGCCCAGUCCCUACAGGCACAUUCUGUGUACCGUUGCUCGAUCAGUGUGUGGAUGCUCAACUUGCUGACUUCAGCAACACCAUCCAUUCCGCUGUCUCGGCGGCGUGUGGUGGAGCUUUGCGAAUUCCACUACGGCCCCUGCGGGGAGCCAAAAUUUAUAACUGACAGAAACAUUGAACGCGGCAUUUCUGAGGGGGAAUUGGCCACAGACUCGCCUUCCGGGCUACUCAUGAUUUCUCCCGAGGAGAUUGCGCACUCGGUUCUGGCAGGGUGUGCUCGGGCCAUCAAGUCUCGCCCACUUGACGAUGAGGACAAGUGGAAAGCCAAACGUGAGAAAUGGAGAUGCAUUCUCCUCAGCAUCCCGUGCAGCUUCACAGUGGUGGCUCAGUCUGACAUUUGGUGGAAGAGCUUCAACCGCCGGCAGGCCCUCCAGCAGGAACACGAAUCGCUCAGCCGCACAGCGGUACAAUACAGCAUGGAGAUCGCUGCAAUGAAAAACAUUGCCGAGGCUCAGUGCGGAAAAAAACUGACGGCUUCCGCUCUUUCAACGGAACUGCUUCGCUUGGGACUGCAGCCCAUCGUGGCAGGCAAUAAAGGCCCUGGACAGGACGACGAAGACUCAGGCAAUGGUUGCCUGAGCGCCAACUUCAUCACAGCUGCGCUGAAUUGCCAGAAAUGGGUUGUGGCAGACCCAGCCUGCAUGGAGAUGCUGCUGGAAUUGGAAGCAGGCUACGGCACAAAAUCACCUUUUCACCGGAUGACUGUUCUGAACUGUCUGGCCAUGAAGGCGACGAGCGCCAGCAGCAGGCAGUGGUCCUUAGCCACAAUUUGUGAUUGGAUAGCGCACGGGUUGCUGAAGUGUUCAGACGUGACGAAAGCAACGCUGGUUGGCGAUAAACAUCACACGGGCCUCAUACCCCUCUACGAGACCAAGUUGAAGGUGAUGGGCGCUUUUUUCGAUGAUUUCUUGCCAAAAGCCGGUCUCCGCGACGAAGAUAGGAAGCAGCUGAAGACAGCCCUCAGCUCCCAUUCAGCCUACCGGGCGCAUAGUGCUGGGACAGGCGACUGCAGUUGGCAAGCGUCCCUGCUUAAGUCCGGCAUCCUGACCUUCGAGCUGAUCGAGGAGCUUGUGUAUACAAGACAGCAUGACCACACGCUGAAGCAAGCGGCCAAACAGGGCGCAGUUGAGGCGGUCAUGGAGCAUGACAAUAUCAAAGUCAAAUGGGAGAAAAUAGGAGCACAAAUUGCCAACGAACUGGCUGAAAAGCAAGCUCUGACAGCUGUGGCGGGUGAGGGUUCGGCCGACGAGGAGGAAGAAGAGACUGUGGUCCCCGAACUCGUUCACAUUGCAUUCGGCGCCGUACUGGCGCGCGGUGGGGAAUGCCACCGUCCGCACGUACAUUACACUGUGCCCAGAGCCCAAAACCCUGGCGGCUGUGGCAAGCGCGGUCAGUCAAUCGAACUUGAAGUCGGUCGGAGGCAACUGUGGGGAAAGCUGCGUGCUUUGCUUGCUGGACUUGGACCUACUAGGUGA